AUGAUCGCCGCUCAGGGCGAUACCGACCUCAUGCUGGCAAUUCUCCAGAGCGAAAUGGAUGUGCAGCUUGCCUCGCCGGCGAACAUCGACGUGCUGCACUUCGGAACGCAAGAGACGGUACGCCGACUACUUCUCUUCCUCGAGCUGCCGCAGGAGUGGGAGGGCGAGGUGGUGCGGACGCUGAACGUGACCAACGGCGACGCGCAGGAGGCAGCCGCCAUCCUCGCACAGAAAUCUGGCCAGAGGUCCAUCUCGCUGCCGAACGAUAUCACAGCGUCGCGUCAGCAGGUGCUCACAGCCACAGAGGCUGAGGAGCUGCCGCUGCUGCUGCAGCGUCUAGGUCAGAGCCCCAAUGGUGAGACGCGCCAGUUGCAGGCCGAGUUCCCGGACCGCACUGUGGACGAGAUCCGCACGGCGUUGCAGCUGACAGACGGCAACAUGGAGAACGCACGCCUCUUCUUGCGGGAAGAUCACACAGCGUCGAAGAACAGCAACAGGGAUGCCAUAGGUAACAUCUUUGCUCGCGCCGCUGCGACACGCGGGUCACGGCCGCGGCCGGACCACCGCAAGGAGAUCGAGGCUGUAUACCACAAGCUCAACGGCGGUGUCGGCAUCAGCAAGAGCACGGUCGAGGUCCUCGACGUCGCCACCCGCGAGGACGUCGUGAAGACGAGUCUGUCGCCGCAGGAGUUUCAGCUCUACCGCAGCAGUGGGCGCGGCGGCGGCGGUGGCUGCACCGCUGCUGAGGGCGCCGAUAACCCGAGUCGGCAGCAGCCUGUGUCCCAGAGCGGAGAUUCGACCCCAGCGGCAUCUACCUCGAACGCUUUUGUCUGUACCAAAGCUUCGCCAUCGUUGUUGACACCAGACACGGGCGCAUCGCGUGGAUCGGACAAGGCGCCCGACUCGCGUCGCCCGCACCCACGACCGCUCUCCGCGGCGACGUUCAUGACGUCGCCGCCCUUCUCCGACUGCGGCACAAGUGGGGCACGUCAUCCAUCGAAUGCAACUCGCCUGAACGUCAUGCCGGCCUCCUCGCACGAGUCACCGUCCGCGGCAGCCGUCACCGACACGAUUCAACGCGCAGCACUGCCUGCGCAGCGGUCGCGUCGAUCAUCCCUCUCACGAGAGGCGAAGAAUGUGUCGGCGCGCCUCGCAGGCCGCCUUGAUCUGCCGUCGCUGCAUAUCGUGCGAACCGGCGGCGACGCUGCCGAAACUGGCAGCUCGGCCGCCGCCCUCAACAACUCUACCAGCACCUCCGCCGCCGAAAGCAGUGUCAGCGGGCACUCCAGUAGACGCUCACCACCAUCGCCGCACUCUGCCAAGGUGAUCGCUCCUCGCCGUUCGAGCGUUGCGGCGAUGAACCUGAAUGACUAUCGCGGCUCAGGCGCCGCUGCAGAGGCGGGGAGGGCAGACCACGUGUGGACCAGCGCAGGCGGCGAUGCGGCAGGCAGUAGCGGCACGUACUUUGCAUCCGUAGCGCCUGGAUCUGCUCUCACCGCGUCGCAGCAGCUUACUGGCCAGCCGUUGCACUCGCCGCAUACGGAGAGCCUGCUUAACACUGUCCUUAGUCAGCUUGGCACGAACACAGAAGGCCAUCAGGACAAGGAGAAGCAGCGGCAACAACGUCAGCUGUCCUCGGAGCUUGUAGACACGACUUCUCUUAGGGCAUUUUGGCUGUCCGGUAGCGCUGAUAACAACAACACACCCGUGUCCGCCAGCGGCGUCUCGUCGCCAAGGCCGACGGCGCCGCCACCGCCACCACCACCCGGGAGCUCCGCCACGGCGCCGAGUGCCGCGGGGCCUGCUCCUCCUCCCGGCUUUCCUUCACCCCCGCCACCGCCAGGGUACAAGGCAUGUGGCCCCGCUAGCUCUGCUCCGCUGCCGCCGCCACCCCCACCACCCGGCGGCAGUGGCGCUCCGAGCCCUCCUGCCGGCUUGCCUCCACCACCGCCGCCUGGCCUCCCUCCCCCUACAGGCGGACCCAAGCAACCACCGCCACCGCCGCCACCGCCACGGAUGGGUAACGGGCCACCGCUACCACCAGGAAAGGGCGCGAGCGCUGCAGCAGCCCCGGUGCCAAACAGCAGCACAACGCGCAACGUGCCGAUCAACGGCGCCGUCGGCGACUCCGAUGACGCCAUCUUCAAGUCUGCGCGACCAAUCGGGCUGACAGCCGGAGCGCGUGAUAAGCUGCUUGCCCUCUUCCCGAAGGCGGCGCCAAAGCACGUGAUGGAGGAGGACGAGGCGACGUCGCGCGUGCAGCGCAUUCUCGAUGUGAACCGUGACCGAAACGUUGGCAUUGUACUGAAGUUUAUUCGGCUGCCCAUUCAGCAGAUCGAGGCGAGCGUGCGCACGUUCGACACACUGACGCUCGGCGAGGAGCGCAUCUCCGGCCUUCUCAAGAUUAUUCCAACUUUGGACGACUUCGAGGCAAUCGCGCGAGCACAGAAGGUGCACGGCGGCCCGUGGAAGCGUGCAGAGGAGCAGCAGCUGCCACAAGCGGUCCGCUUCUUCCUCAUGACGCAGCGCAUUGACCACUACGCCGAGCGCAUCCACGCCUGGAGUCUGCGGUAUGAGCUGCAUGGACGGCUCGAGUACCUGGAGCAGAAGCUGAGCAAGGCGGAUAAGGCGAUUGACGCCACCUUUGCCUCCCCCUCACUGCCUGAUCUGUUGUACUUCCUGCUCGAGGUGAGCAAUUUCCUGAACGCUGGCAGCCGCUUCCAGGGUGCCAAGGGGUUCCCCAUCACGCAGUUGCCGCAAAUCAUGGACUUCAAGACAACCGACGGCAAAGGUACCCUACUGCAGUACGUGGUUGAGAUACUGGACACAGUGAACCCGCACCUGCAGGCAAUCUCGAGCGAGCUGAUGCCGGCCGUCGACGAGGGUCGUGACAUUGACGUUGCCAGCAUUGAGCAGGAGCUCAAGAAGCUGCGGGGCCGCCUGCAGAAGUGCAAGCAUCUGAUUGAGCAGCUGAAGAACGAUGUACGCUGGACGAACGUGCUGGGCAAGUUCAUCUACCGCUCGUUACCGGAGCUGGAGCGAGUCGAGAAGCUUGCGGAGUCGAUCAACGGCAAGGCGGAGCGCCUGCAGGAGUUCCUGUGCGAGAAGAGGGAGACGUUUUCGCUGAACGAGGCUCUGCGGGUUCUGUCCAACUUCUGCAAGCGGUACGAGCAGGAGCGCGAGAAGCAGCGGCUACGGCAGGAGCGUCAGGACCGCAUGGAGGAUAACAAGCAGCGGCGGCAGAGCAUAGCGUCCAGCGCUGUGGUGAACCACGGCGAUUUGUCGUCGCAGACGCCGACUGAGUCAUCAUCGCAGCAACGGCGGUUCAGCCAGCAGCAGUGGCAGCAGUCUCCGCAGAGACAGUCUCCACCCCUGCAUGCGAGCUCGAACGGCGCGGACCGUGUUAGGGCCACUACUGACGCUGAGUUUAGCAUCAGCCGCCUCCGCGGCGGUGCGAGCCUACGGGCUUCUGGAGUAGCCCCCGCUAGCCGUUCCGAUGGCAGCCCCGGCACCGCCGAGCAGGGGAGGUCGCACCCGCCACACAACAACGGAAUUGGUGCCGCCAACGGGACUGAGGACCGUACAUCACCACCAGUGGACCGCACUAGCAGCGGCAGCACCCCCGCCAACGACAGCACGGGUGGCGGCUAUCGCCGACGUCUCAGCAGCGGCGAAGUAAAGCAACCCGGUGUCAACACUAUCGCUGUUUCAGCUCGUGGACCUCUGCCCAGCUCGAGUGCGCGUGCCGGCACUGGCAAAGUCGGAGGAGAGGUAUUGCCGCCUGUCGGCAAGGCUCCGGUUGUCCUAUCUGCGCGCGCCUCAAGCAGCGUGCGCACCCACGCGGAGAGCGCCCGGCGAGAUGUUCGACAAACAUAA